AGCACAAAACUGUAACCACGCUUCUAACUUUUUCGAGAGAUCUCAAACUUCAGAAAAGAAGUGUUUCAAUAGUUCGCCGUCAAGAUGGCCGGAGGAGGCGGAUACGGCGGCGCAUCGGGGAAAGUUGAUUACGUCUUCAAAGUUGUUCUGAUCGGAGAUUCGGCUGUUGGGAAAUCACAACUACUUGCUCGAUUCGCUAGAGACGAAUUCAGUAUGGAUUCUAAAGCCACCAUCGGCGUCGAGUUCCAAACUCGUACGCUCUCCAUCGAACAAAAAAGCAUUAAGGCUCAGAUCUGGGAUACCGCUGGUCAGGAAAGAUACAGAGCCGUUACAAGCGCAUACUACAGAGGAGCAGUUGGUGCAAUGCUGGUUUAUGAUAUGACUAAACGUGAAACCUUUGAGCAUAUCCCUCGUUGGCUUGAAGAACUGAGGGCGCACGCCGAUAAGAACAUUGUUAUCAUCCUUAUUGGAAACAAGUCUGAUCUAGAAGAUCAGAGAGCUGUUCCCACUGAAGACUCUAAAGAGUUUGCUGAGAAGGAAGGACUCUUUUUCCUCGAGACCUCAGCUCUAAACGCAACCAAUGUCGAAAACUCCUUCAACACUCUAAUGACUGAGAUAUACAAUACGGUGAACAAGAAGAAUCUUGCAUCUGUUGAGAAUCAAGGCGACUCAAAUAACCCCGGUUCCUUGGCUGGUAAGAAGAUUGUCAUCCCAGGUUCUGGACAGGAGAUUCCCGCUAAGACCAGCACGUGUUGUAGUUCUUCUUGAUCUGUCUCGUUACAAGCAAGAUUCAUUUUUUUUCCUCCUGAAAUUUGGUGAUAGAGAAUGCUACUUUCAUUGUAUAUUCUUUUUCGAAUCUGGCUUGUUUGCUGGUUCAUUAAACAUUGGUGUGCAAU